UUCACGCCAGGGGGAGGUGCUGCGCGUCCAAGAUGGCGGCGCCCUGUAGGCUGGAGGGACUGUGAGGUAAACAGCUGAGGGGGAGGAGACGGUGGUGACCAUGAAAGACACCAAGCUGAUAGCACUGGAAACCGAUGUAACAGCUGACCCCAGAACAGGAGUAUAAUUGGGCCCAAAGAUGAAAAUCAGUUCUCCUGAAGGCCGGAAUUUGAUCCCUGGGAUGCUCACUGUGGAAGAGGAGACCCAAGUCCUGAAUGUGGCCAUCUGACCUCCAUUUAUGAGUAAGUCUGGUAGUGGCCCUAAUGAAGAGCUGUCCAAGCCUUUAGCACACGUCCUGGAGCCCACACAGCAUAGUUGAGUGAGAGAAUGGCCCAGCUAGCCAACAUUGGGGAGCUACUCUCCAUGCUGGACUCUCCCACACUAGGUGUGCGGGAUGAUGUGACAACCAUCUUCAAGGAGUCCCUCAAUUCUGAACGUGGGCCUAUGCUUGUAAACACCUUGGUAGAUUAUUACCUGGAAACCAAUUCUCAGCCGGUAUUGCACAUCCUCACCACCUUGCAAGAGCCACACGAUAAGCACCUCUUGGACAAAAUUAAUGAGUAUGUAGGCAAAGCCGCCACCCGUUUAUCCAUCCUCUCACUACUGGGCCAUGUGGUGAGACUGCAGCCAUCUUGGAAGCACAAGCUCUCUCAAGCACCUCUUCUGCCUUCUUUAUUGAAAUGUCUCAAGAUGGACACUGACGUUGUGGUCCUCACAACUGGUGUCUUGGUGUUGAUCACCAUGCUACCGAUGAUCCCGCAGUCAGGGAAGCAGCACCUUCUUGAUUUCUUUGACAUCUUUGGCCGUCUCUCGUCAUGGUGCCUGAAGAAACCAGGCCACGUGACAGAAGUCUACCUUGUCCAUCUCCACGCCAGUGUUUAUGCCCUCUUUCACCGCCUCUAUGGAAUGUACCCUUGCAACUUCGUCUCCUUCUUGCGCUCUCACUAUAGUAUGAAGGAAAAUGUGGAAACAUUUGAAGAAGUGGUCAAGCCAAUGAUGGAGCAUGUGCGAAUUCACCCGGAAUUAGUGACUGGAUCCAAGGACCAUGAACUGGACCCUCGAAGGUGGAAGACGUUAGAGACUCAUGAUGUUGUAAUAGAGUGUGCCAAAAUCUCUCUGGACCCCACAGAAGCCUCAUAUGAAGAUGGCUAUUCUGUGUCUCACCAGCUCUCUGCCUGCUUCCCUCACCGCUCGGCUGAUGUCACCGCCAGCCCUUAUGUGGACACACAGAAUAGCUAUGGGGCCACUACUUCCACCCCUUCCUCAACCUCUCGGCUGAUAUUGUUCAGUCCACCUGGGCAGCUACCUCAGAGUGUGAGUUCCUCGUCAACACGGCUGUUACCUGAGCCGCUGCAAGCUACUCUCUGGAGCCCAUCUAUGGUCUGUGGUAUGACCACUCCUCCUACGUCUCCUGGAAAUGUCCCACCUGAGCUGUCACACCCCUACAGUAAAGCCUUUGGUACCACUGGUGGAAAAGGAACUCCUUCAGGAACCCCAGCAACCUCUCCUCCUCCAGCCCUGCCCUGUCCACCAGAUGACUGUGUGCAUGGUCCAGCCUCCCAGGCCUCAGCGACACCUUCCCGGAAGGAAGAAAGAACAGAGUCCUCAAGGCCUUACCUUCAGAGACAGCAUUAUCUGAGUGACCGAGAGGAUCCACCUGGCAGCAAAGACUCGGUUACUCUGAGGAAUCUCCCGGAUUUCCUAGGUGACCUGGCUUCUGAGGAAGACAGUACUGAGAAGGAUAAGGAAGAAGCUGCGAUAUCUAAAGAGCUUUCUGAGAUCACCACUGCGGAGGCGGAUCCUGUAGUUCCUCGAGGGGGCUUUGACUCUCCCUUCUACCGAGACAGUCUUUCUGGUUCUCAGCGGAAGACUCAUGUGGCAGCCUCGGGGACGCAGGGGUCCGGCGCGAACCCUGAGCCUUUGCACUACUCCCUGGACAAACAUGGGCCUGACACACCAAAGCAAGCCUUUACUCCCAUAGACCCACCCUCCGGCAAUGCUGAUGCCAGCCCCGCUGGGGACAGAGAUGGCCAGACUUCUCUGGAGACCAGUAUUCUCACUCCCAGCCCUUGCAAAAUUCCACCUCAGAGGGGAGUGAGCUUUGGAAGUGGGCAGCCUCCCCCGUAUGAUCAUCUCUUUGAGGUGGCCUUGCCAAAGACUGCCUGUCACUUUGUCAGCAAGAAGACUGAGGAGCUGCUGAAGAAAGUGAAAGGAAAGCCAGAGGAAGACAGUGUGCCCUCUACCUCCCCAAUGGAAGUGCUGGACAGACUGAUAGAGCAGGGAGCAGAUGCGCACAGCAAGGAGCUGAGCAAGUUGUCCUUACCCAGCAAGUCUGUUGACUGGACUCACUUUGGAGGCUCUCCUCCCUCAGAUGAGAUCCGGACCCUUCGAGACCAGUUGCUUUUACUGCACAAUCAGCUGCUGUACGAGCGGUUCAAGCGGCAGCAGCAUGCACUCAGGAACAGAAGGCUCCUGCGCAAGGUGAUCCGAGCAGCAGCCCUGGAGGAGCACAAUGCGGCCAUGAAAGAUCAAUUGAAGUUACAAGAGAAAGACAUUCAGAUGUGGAAGGUGAGUGUGCAGAAAGAGCAAGCCCGAUACAGCCAGCUUCAGGAGCAGCGUGACACCAUGGUGACCCAGCUGCACAGCCAGAUCAGACAACUGCAGCAUGACCGAGAGGAAUUCUACAACCAGAGUCAGGAGCUACAGACAAAGCUGGAGGACUGCAGGAACAUGAUUGCGGAGCUGCGGGUGGAGCUGAAGAAAGCUAACAACAAGGUGUGCCACACUGAGCUGCUGCUCAGCCAGGUUUCGCAGAAGCUCUCCAAUAGUGAGUCGGUGCAGCAGCAGAUGGAGUUCUUGAAUAGGCAGCUCCUGGUGCUCGGGGAGGUCAAUGAGCUGUACUUGGAGCAGCUUCAGAGCAAGCACCCUGACACCACCAAGGAAGUAGAAAUGAUGAAAACUGCAUAUCGGAAAGACCUAGAAAAAAACAGAAGCCACCUACUCCAGCAGAACCAGAGGCUGGAUGCCUCACAGAGGCGAGUUUUGGAACUGGAAUCUCUUCUGGCCAAGAAAGACCACCUUCUCCUAGAGCAGAAGAAAUACCUUGAGGACGUCAAGAGCCAGGCGAGUGGACAGCUGCUGGCUGCAGAGGGCAGGUAUGAGGCUCAGAGAAAGAUCACCCGGGUGUUGGAGCUGGAGAUCCUAGAAUUGUAUGGCAGGUUGGAGAAAGAUGGCCGCCUGCAGAAACUAGAAGAGGACAAAGCAGAGGCUGCAGAAGCAGCGGAGGAGAGGCUCGACUGUUGUAGUGAUGGCUGCUCAGAUUCCUUGGUAGGACGCAAUGAAGAGGCUUCUGGCCACAACGGUGAGACCAGGACCUCCAGGCCUAGUGGCACCCGGGCCAGCUGUGGAGGUAGAGUCACUGGAGGCAGCAGCAGCAGCAGCAGUGGGCUUUCCACUCCAGAAAAACCCCCGAGCCAGAGGUUCAGCAGCCGGUGGGAAACCACCAUGGGCGAGCCCUCCAGCAGCAUCCCCACGACGGUUGGCUCACUUCCUAGUUCCAAGAGCUUCCUGGGCAUGAAGGCCCGGGAGCUGUUCCGUAAUAAGAGUGAGAGCCAGUGUGAUGAGGAUGGUGUGGCCAGCAGUAGCCUUUCUGAGACCCUAAAGACAGAACUGGGCAAAGACUCGGCUACGGAAAACAAGACUCCUCUGAGUGUAGACGCCCCACACCCAUCUUCCCCAAACUCGGACAGUGUGGGGCAGCUCCACAUCAUGGACUAUAACGAGACUCUCCAUGAGCACAGCUGAGCAGGGUCCGUCAGUGUUCAUUUGCGUCUUUGUUGGCACAGAACAGGAGGUGUGAAUGCACGUUCUAGGCUUUUCUGUUUCUGGGGUCUGAGCAGCUGCUUGUGUGGUGGGAAUGGGACAGAGGUCCUUUUGACAGAGGGCAGAAUGUGGGAUGCUGGUUUUUGGGUCUGGCAUCGAGACGCUUUCCUUCACCCCACCCCCGCCUCC